AUCCAUUUGUACAGCAUUAAACUGGGUUAUUGCGAAUAAUACCUUGCCAUUGUGCCAAACGUGUUGGAUCAAGCACAACUAGCUUGCAUACAAAGUUAGCAAGCUAUCCUAUAGCUAACUUAGUUUACACACCAUCCAUCCUUAUCCUUAUCGAGCAUGUCCAUCUCAGAAAUUCACUGACAUGUCAUGCCAUAUACAGUCUAUCAAGUGGGACGACUCCUAAUUUGUGUGAUUUAACCGUACGCUGAGUGAAACCCUCGGAAAGAAGAUGAGCAACUUGUCUCCUGAAGUGGCGCUUAGCCGAAUUUCACCUGAGUUGCGGCCAUUAUUGAGCAGUAUUAUCCGCAAUGGCAGUGUGGGCCUAGAUUCUACAAACUGUCUACGUAUAACUGACCUCAAGACUGGAUGUACCUCCUUGAUGGCAGGCCCAUGCUGUGAUCGUUUCAAGCUGCACAUACCUUAUGCUGGAGAGACACUCAAAUGGGACAUCAUCUUUAAUGCAGGGGAUCCUAUGCUGCCCCCGGAUUUUAUUUUCGGAGAGGAUGCUGAAUUUCUUCCAGAACCAUCAGAGCUUCCACACUUGUGUGCCUGGGAUGCGCAGGACCCAGAGUGCCUCUUACAGCUGGUGAAGGAGCUUCUCCAACAGUACCACGGGUACCAGUGCCAACGGCUGCGUGAAAGCUCGCGACUGCUCUUUGAGUACGACAGUCUGUUGGAGGAACCAGGAUAUGGCCGCAGCAUGGAGGUCUACGCUGGACGGAAAAACAGCUGGACAGGAGAGUUCUCUGCUCGUUUCCUGCUUAAACUCCCUGUGGACUUCAGCAACAUCCCUAUCUAUCUCCUCAAGGACACAGCGCUGGACCCAGCUGAAGAUGUUGCCCUUCUCUCCGUCAGUUUUGAAGAUGCCGAGGCCACCCAAGUGUUUCCUAAACUUUACCUCUCCCCCAGUAUCGAGCAUGCCCUUGGAGGCUCUUCAGCACUACACAUCCCAGCAUUCCCUAGUGGAGGCUGUCUUAUAGACUAUGUGCCGCAAGUGUGCCAGUUACUCACUAAUAAGGUGCAAUAUGUCAUUCAGGGCUACCACAAAAGAAGAGAAUAUAUUGCAGCCUUCUUGAGUCACUUUGGAAUGGGAGUGGUGGAGUAUGACGCCGUGGGUUUCACUAAGCUCACACUUCUCCUCAUGUGGAAAGAUUUCUGUUUCCUAGUCCACGUGGAUCUGCCUCUUUAUUUUCCGCGAGACCAGCCCACCCUGACUUUCCAGUCUAUCUACCACUUCACAAAUAGCGGUCAGCUCUACUCACAGGUGCAGAAAUCCUACCCCUAUAGUCCACGUUGGGAUGGCAAUGAAAUGGCCAAAAGAGCCAAGGCCUACUUCAGGAGCUUUAUUCCUCAGUUUCAGGAGGGGGCCUUUGCCAAUGGAAAACUAUAGUGGUCACCUGACUUUGGCUUCUGUGCGCAUCAGUGCAUGUCGAUGUUUGAGUCAAGCGUUUUGAAUUUACUGUGGGACAUUUUGAAAUUGUAGUACUUGGACUACGGUCUGUUCUUGGAGGUAGCAUCUGUAAAAUGAAAACAUGGAAAAAAGGGGAUACGCAUGCUAGAGACUACAAUACCCAGAAUUCAACUUUAAGGAUCUUACUGACUGGAAGUUGAAUUCAUCUUGGAAUCUGCACCCAAAAACAAAGAAGAUGUUUUGCUGCACAUUUACCUGCUUAUGUAGAUUAAAUAGAAAUGCUACUUUCUUAGACUACAAUUUGCUACACAAUGGCCAAAAUUAUAUGUAACUAUUCUAAAUCUGUGUGACUUAUUGUGUUGAAAAAUGGUUUGUUAUGUAAGAUUUCUUUGUUGCCUCACACUGUUUAUAAAAUACUAUAUCACUGA